GAUAGCUUACCGUAGCUCCAGUCAAUUCAUUAAAAAUGUUAAAAAUUGCUAAAUUUAUUGCACACAAUGCUACAGUUGUUAAUAUAACUGGCAGCAGACUGGCACGGCCAACAAAUCGCUUUUAUGCCCAGACCGGCAGUGUGGAAGACAAAAACAUCACAACACGAGACUCGGAUGAACCGAUUGACAUAACGAAUCCCUUCGAGAAGGACCCCCAGCAGUGCAUUCUGUGCAAGAACAACAUCACCCCGCACUACAAGAAUGUCCGGCUGCUGUCCCAGUUCCAGUCGUCCUACACGGGCCGUAUCUACGGCCGCCACAUAACCGGGUUAUGCAAGCAGAAGCAGGAGGAUGUGGAGCGGGCCAUUCUGCGGGCACAACAGUGUUUGCUGAUGCCGGGCUACCACAAAGACCUGGACUUCCUGCAGGAUCCCAAGCUCUUCGAUCCGGAGCGGCCAGUGCGGCCGCAUAAAUAUUAGUUUGGCAUUUUAGGUUUGUUCACAAUUUGUUUUUAAUGCGGAGUAAUACAUUUUGCCACCGUGAAGCAUCA